UCCAAGCGGGCCGGCGCGGCGCCUCCUGUCUGACAGGUGUUGCUACUCAAACAAAACAAAACAUAAUCACGCGCGUCGCGACGACGACGACGCCGAACGACGAAUCAACACCGCAAAGAGAAAGGCGAGAAGGUAUCUCCCAAGGAAUUUCGCGCGCGUGAGUAAGCAAAGCCAUCAGUGACAUCACAGCACGUGCUUGAGCGAAGCGACGAACCCCGAAAUCGAUCACGCGGACGGAAAACUGGUUUUUCGAUGGUUUUUUUUACUGGGGAAGCUCCCUCGCGUUGAUCUCUGCGCUCUGAUGGGCGGUGGAUUAGGCGGUCCCACACCACCGGUACACACCUCCAGCAGGUUGGAGGUUCGAGUUCUGCUGAAGAUCGCGUUGACCGCGUGACGUGCUACGCAAGUUAUUGUUUUUGGAACUUCAACGAGGCUUCUGUCGAACUUUGCCACCAUGUCCAGGGUAUGUAAAUUUGGCCGAUUCGGAAGAUGGCACCGAAAUGAUGGAGCUGGUAUAAAACCGAAUCGAUUCGUGGAAUUGGCAAACAUUUCGGGAUUUGACACUGAUCAGAGAAUAUCGUACAGUGAACAAAAUGCAAUUUGUUAAAGAGAAGAUUUUUGCACUGUUGGUCUUUUUGCUGGUGGGUGGUUACAGGACCACCGAAGGAGCACCAAUGCCAAACAUAAUCGAUGCUCCGAGAGCGCUGAGCAACAUGGAAGUGCCACCAGCAAUCGCCGGGAAAGCCAGACCUCUGCUGGAAAAGCAGGGUGAACAAACGGUGUACGACUUGGCCAGUCAGAUAACGGACGAGGAUGAUUUGGUGCCGGACAGCUCGAAUUAUUACUGGCUGGAACAUGCUGUAGCGGCAGGACAUCUGCACAAACACAAGCACCGCCGCCACAGGCGGCAUCACAAGAAGCACUGAGGGAGGCACCAUCCAGAAAAGUUGUUUAAAUCUGUUCUGUUCUAAGGACGGAAGUACUGCCAUUAGUUAGGAUGUUUAGGUUUAAAUCUUCUGCGCAGGAUCGUGGAUAAAGAUUAUGAAAAAAAAUGUCGAAUUAGAAUCUGCAGGACAGUGAAGCUUGAAAUCAUGC